CCAACGGAGAUAGCGAUUCACGGAAACGAAAAUCCUUGGGCGAUCACACACCGACCCGCCAGGCUAAACGCCAGUCAGCCGAUCACCCCAUUAGCGACAGUGACUCUGAUGAUGUUAGUGGUCUAUUCAACGACAAUAAUGAUGCCAGAAUGUGACAUCCUUGAUGACACUGAAUCAGAGUAUUCAGGUGAUGACAAAGUCAGCUCUGUUGUCCCUGAAAAACUAAGUGGACGGGUCAACAAGAGAUUUGACAAAUGUCUUGGUGGUGAGAAGCUGAAAGAUUUGCUUCUGAAACAUAAUCGACCGGAGAAUUGUCAAAAUAUGAUGAUAGCCCAAGGAAAUCCCGAAAUCUGGGGAAAACUGAACACCUCAUGUGACAUACGACUAAUGCGCCGAAAACAAAUCAAACCUGCGCUCAUCAGGGGGUAUGCGGCAAUCUGUUCACCUCAUGUGCCAAUGAUGAGCAAUUUGUUCGGGGACGAACUGUGCAAACAACUGAAGGAUGUAAAAGAAACUAACAAAAUAGGCUACACAGUAGCUUCGAGGACUAAGACUGAACGUGACGGCCAGGUCAAUUUUUUAGGCCGGGGCCGGAACAACAAGAAGCCAUUUCGGUACAGGCAACAUCAACACUGGCAGUCCCAGUACUUCCUCAGAAAGAAAUCGUUCCGGAAGGAUGCCGAGAAAAAGUAA